UAACGAGAAAUUUACAAUAAUAGAGACAAAUGCAACUAGACUACAAACUUGUAAAAAUUAAUAAAAGGACAUAAAGAAAAAGGAAAAACUUGCAGAUGCAGUGCUUGUUUAGAUUGGAAGAGAAACUGUAAUCUUCUCCUUUUUGAAGUUUCAUUCUUUGAGCUGGUGUUGCAAAUUUUGUAAACUAACAUGGGAGAUAAAUGGAAGCAGACUGCUCUGUUGGUAAUUGACAUGCAGAAUGAUUUUAUUCUUGAGGAUGGGUUGAUGAGAGUCGAUGGAGGGGAAGCCAUUGUUCCCAAUGUCAUAAAGGCAGUCGAAAUCGCUAGGCAUCAUGGCGUUCUAGUAGUCUGGGUUGUCCGUGAACAUGAUCCACUAGGAAGAGAUGUGGAACUUUUUCGCCGGCAUUUGUACUCUUCAGGGAAAGUGGGUCCUACUUCUAAGGGAAGCAAGGGAGCGGAACUGGUUGAUGGCCUUGUGAUCAAAGAAGGGGAUUAUAAGAUAGUGAAGACACGCUUCAGUGCAUUUUUUAACACCCAUCUUCAUUCAUUUCUGCAGACGGAGGGAAUUAAGAGUUUGGUGAUAGUUGGUGUUCAAACUCCAAAUUGCAUUAGGCAGACUGUCUUUGAUGCAGUAGCACUGGAUUAUGAAAAUGUUUCUGUUAUUGUUGAUGCCACAGCUGCUGCGACACCAGAUGUACAUGUUGCAUGUGAAUGAAGGCAGAUGAAGUGAAAUAGUAACUUUUAUGGAGGAGAAAUUAAGAUCUUUGUAUUGGCUGCUUCCCUCAGAUUUUUGGAUCUGCAUAUGAAUUUCUGAUACUCUCUAAAAAUGCCCACCAGAUUUGAAUGCACGGAGAAGGAACAAUUGUGGCAUGAUAUAAUUUUAGAUGGCUACCAGAUAAACAUUUUGCAUCUGACUUCAGAUACUUCUAAAUGAGGUGAAGCCAAACUAAAGUCACUAGUUCAUGACACCAUUAGCAUUUUACUAAGGAAAUAAGAUCUACCUAUUCAUUAUUUCACAGCACUGCUUAUCUCUGUGCUCAGAAAACAAAUGAAAACCUGAUUUCUCCAUCUAUCAUUCUACCUUUUGCACUCCCUCUUUGAAGACUACAUGUGUCAGUGAAAACCUUUCUAGUGUUUUCCCAUUCAGCUUGCUCUGUAAAUUGGAUGUUCUUUUAAUUUGUUGAUAGUUUAUAAUCUUUGUAAUAUCAUGUGUUUGAAUUUUGAUUGGCUUUAAAAGUUGGCAUUCAUGAGCAACCUGGAUUUCUGUUUGAAUGAAACAGCCAAUAUCUUUGA